ACCAUAAAAUAACCUGCCAAUUUUUUUUCUAAACAAGUUUCAAAGUGCAUAUAGAAUAAACUUUGAAGGCACGAUAUCCUAGUGGUUAAAGCUACCUGUUGCUGUAUCGCAGUGCCUGUAAUGAUCAGGCUAGAAUAUGACGAAAGAGUUCCUUCAUAUCACAUGCUUUGGGUGUGAUGCGUCGUUUGGCUUUGUAUUGAUUCCUUUAAACAUUGAAAGGGUUUAUGAGACUUUUAAUUUUUUUUUAAACUUAUUUACAUAAGAACUCAUUUGUAUAAAAACUCAUUCAUAUAAAAUGUAUUAAUAAUUAGGUAUUGGAUUUGGUCUGAUGUACUUACCAAUGGUUGUUUGUGUAAGUUAUUACUUUGACAAGAAACGGGCCUUUGCCACCGGUAUCGCUGUCUGUGGGACAGGUGUUGGCACGUUUCUUUUCGCCCCGUUCAGCAGGUGGCUUCUAGAAAUCUAUGAUUGGAAAAAUGCGAUGUACAUCAUAGCUGGGUUAUCUCUCAAUGGAGUCAUUCUUGGUCUGCUGCUCAGACCGAUAAAAAGUGUUACUCACAGAAAGGACGACAACAACGUUGAAAAGUCUGAAAAAUUCCAGCUCCUAACAAACAACUUGGAAUGUAAGGUUGACGUCGACAAAAUUGAUGAGGUUGUUUCUAGUAACUCAUCUGCAGGGAUAGUUGGUGAAAACCGAGUAUAUCGCAGAAAUCGUACAGAUUCGAAAAGGUUUUCGGGGUGCUCAAUUGGUGAGCACAAGAUCAUUCCACUGCAACGAAAGGAUAUCUUUUACAGCGGAAGCGUUCUUAACAUUCCAGAAUAUUCCGAGCAUGCCAACAUCGCUGAGUAUACAAAAAGCACCACCUCCCUGCCCAAAAUUGGAGCAAAAGAAGAAGAAACUGGCGAUGAAAAAGUUUAUUGCUGUAAGUGCAUUCUGGUGACGAGAAAGUUCAAAGACACUUUCACUCAGAUGACUGAUAUGUCUUUGCUGAAAGACCCAAACUUUGCUCUUAUUUUGGUUGGAAAUUUUUUUGCAUCAAUCGGUGCUUACAUUCCUUUCGUGUACAUUGCAGAAAGGGCUAUCUACUUAAACAUAUCUGAAAACAACGCAGCUUUCCUGAUUUCAAUCAUAGGCAUCGCCAACAUUGUUGGCCGAUUGUUGUCCGGUACUCUUGCAAACAUUCCGAGGUUGAACACGCUGCUGAUGCACAACGUGGCAGUUACGUUGGCUGGAGUCAUGUGCCUGCUCAACACGUUCUUUACUUCCUUCGCAACAAUCUGCAUCUUUGCUGUUGUCUUUGGCUUCUGUGUAGCCACGUGGAUAUCAGUCACCCCGCCGAUCCUCUGCAAUUUGCUAGGCCUGGAGAAACUGACGAACGCAUUUGGAGUGCUGGUGAUGAUCAGAGGGAUUGCAACGCUCAUUGGCACCCCGAUGGCCGGGUUCGUGUACGACGUGAGUCAAGAUUUUGACGUGACGUUCCACAUCGGAGGCGUGUUGUUGGCUGCUGGGGGCCUUGUCUUCUUCUUCUUGCAUCUUCCUUGUCUCCAAAAAAAAUAAAUUUCGUUUGUUAUGAUUUUGAUCUUAGUCACUUGCCCAUAUGAUAUGUGCAUCUUAUGAGGUGUAUUUGAAUACAAAUUUAAUUGAUUUAGUUAUAUUUGAAUAGUAGGUGGGAGUGUGAACAUGUAGAAAGGUUGAUUGAAGAUGGGAUUGCAUUGCAUAUGUGUGGUUGUCUUCGGUGACCGGGAAAUAGUUUCUAAUGAACGUGCAGUGGCAGGCACCGUCAUGCAGGUUAAUGUCGCUGAAUUAAUGUGAACUUGGGUUUAUGAUAUGAUGAAAUGAUGGGACACAAUGAUAUAACAAUGAAUAAAUGAUUACUUAUCAGAGAGUUAAGUGUUAUUCAAUUAUGUUAUAACUUUAAAAUAAUUAAAAAAUAUGAUGAAUUUUUGUGAAAUUAUUAUAUUAGAAAUUAUGUCUGAUUA